AUGAUUGAGGAAGCCAAAGCAAUAAAUGGUUGGGAAAGAAUAAAAGACUAUAUAAGAGAUGAGAAAUAUGCUAGAAGUAUAGAUGAUAAAUCAGCAAGAAUGAAUCCUUUGAAGAAUAUCAGUACAGAUGAAUUGAACAUUUUAAAAAUGUGCUAUGAAAAUUUCACACCUUAUGUGCGGGCAUUUUUAAUAGGUAUUGCUAUGUUGCAAUUGUUAUGGGAUGUAAUGCUUGUUUCAACAAUAUUAUAUUACCACAUCAUGGUAGAAAAAUUUAUCAGUGGUGUUAUUGCAAUUCUCACAUGGUUUGUGACUUAUCGGGUUUGGUACACUAUACCUAACAUAUUGCCAAACUUGCCUGGUGAAGGAUUAUUUAAAUACAAUGGUAAAGAAAAGCUACCACCGUCAACUCCUGUGUACAGAAAGAGAAGUGCUACAAAUGGCAAACACUUUAUGGGAAUGCCCAUAGGUAAAAACCAAGAUAGUGAGAGCACCUAA